AUGGCAAACCAUCGGUUACUUGGAGUUCAGGUUGAGCUGGGGCGUAGGAAUCGAGGGUGGGGGGGCGGAGAGAGUGAGGCGCUGACUGAGGAGAUCGGUCUGUCUCACUCCUCGGAAUGUGAAGCAUCCAUCGUCGAGUCGUCCGGCGCCGAUACCGAGAGAGGGAGCGACGAUUCCUCUUGUACCGAUCAGUUGACUGCAUGUGGGCUGAAAAAGCUUCGUCGUCGUGUGUCUGCAAGGCAUGCGAGCCAAUGUCGGCGUCCAGGAAAGAGGGGUUUCGUCUCGGUGCCCGUCUUCUCGUCGACUUUGUCUCCGCGUGCUUCGUUAGCCGCGGCGACGAGCGGCGCCCUGGAUCAAGAGGUCGUGCCUUCUUCCUACCCAGACGCGCCUAACUCGGGAGGCGACUCGGUCCUUAUUCCCGUCCAAGCGGAGCCGUCUUCUCAAGGUCAGCAAACCUCGUCUCCAGAGUCGGAGAGCGGCACGCAGCCCGGCGGCGGCGUCUCCCCGGAGACGACGUCUGCGAAAGUGGCUGACGCGAGCGGCGGGGGAGCAGGAGUGCGCAUAUCGUCGCAGCGGAUGCCUCCGCGUUCCGCACACUUUGUCUCCAAAGGGCAAGACUCGCCUGGGCUGCCCCCCACGGCAAACGGCGCUGCGUCUCAGCUAAACGUUCGAGGCAGCCCCAGUCGAGCGUUCAUGUCUGAAGUCCCCGGCGCUGUGCCUUCCACCUACGCGCACCAGUCGAGUCUCCCUGGAGGACCUGCGAAGGAGAGGCCUCCUUCGCCGCGGGAAAGUGUGCCGGCUGCGCCCACGAUUCCAGCAGCAAGCCCGGCGCUGGUUCGAGCGGCGUCGCCGCAGCCCGGAGCCGGGGACGACACCGAGGACCAAUCGUCGCAAGUCAGCGAACGGGAACCGUCCGGGAACGGCACGUGGGAGCAGUCCAGGAGCAAGCUCGACCCGCGGCGCAGCGCCGAGCAACCGACGCACUCGAAGAGCGUGACCCUUCCAGCCGGUGGGGAGGGAACAACCGCUGCAGGAGAGAUCCUGCUGGCGGACGACGAAUCAGAGAAGGACGGCAGCAGCGCGAGCAGCGAUGCGAUUAAUAGCAUCGAUCAACUGUGUGCAAUCCAAAACAUAAAGCAGCCUCUGGGCACUUUCGAGGAGACUCUGACGUACAUGAAGUUCAGAGAAUUCGUUCGAAGGCACCACGGUGUCUUCGGCACGACCAGUGUAGGCUCGUGCAUAGGGUGGAUGCUGGGAUGCCAGUUCCUCGUCGUGACUGUCGCGCUGAUGACUUGCCGCAUCGAUGAAGAAACCAACUCAUACGCCCGAAACUUCAUCGACGCCAAGACGACAGUCGGAAAGCUCUGCAUUUACUUUUUCAGCUCGCUCAUUUUGACCACCAUUCUGGCGCUCAAAUAUGGGGGGCCUCUCAUGCUCCAGUGGUCAGUUCGACUGUCCAAGGUGGCGUGUGCCAUUCUCCUCAUCACGGCUCCUGCAAUUCAAAUUCGAGAAUCUGUCCGCGGCGAUAUUCUCUGCGCGACCGCUUUGUAUAUUGAACCCCUCCGCCUGAACGGAAUGGUGCUUUUCAACGGCAUUUUUACUCAGCUGCAGCUCCUCAUGUUCAUCUGCAGUAUGCUCAACUGCUUGAUCUGGGCCAGACUGCACGCCUUAUGGUUCCAGCACCACUCUGUCAACCAGUGGUACAUUGUAAAGAAGCAGAAAAUCCAGCUUCAAAUUCCUCAACCCAUCGAAAAGGCACUGAACAGUGAAAAGUCAUCGCAAAACAACGCGCUGGUGGAGAACCGCGUUGUGAACGCAGACGGCGAGUACAUUGAGAUCCACGGCUUCUCGUUCAAGGAGUGGCUGCGCAACCAGGUGGCGUGUUUGAUGCCGGCGAAAUUCCUGCCAAAGAGUCUCAAGCCCUCCGUCUCUGUCGUCUUCUACGUUGGUCAAGUCGACGAGCGGGGCGUGCCCCACGGCUUUGGCCGCUGGCGCUCGGAGGCGUACCACGGGGAGUCCAUCGUCGGCUACUGGGACCACGGUGUUCCUGUAGGGCCUUUCAAGAGUCGCGAGUUCGGAACAGGUUCGGGUUUCAUGUGCAUCCGCAUCGGAUGGUGCAAAAUCACCAAGGGGCCGCUUCGCCCCGACAUCCAAGUCGGAAUCGGGGAUGCCGAGUGCUGUGUGAGCGGCGCGUUCUUCCGCACCUUCCCUCGCGUAACGCUCUACCCGUUGAAGGCGCGAGACCACGACAAGGCCUUCACAAAGUGGUCAUCCCGCGGCCUCAACGACCUGAUGGUGCACGAAACCGGCGGCGCAACUCUGGGCCGACUCUCCCACUUCACCUACUUGCCAGACUCGGCUCCCGCGGCGGCAGCCAGACCUGACAUGUCCUGUGAGGAAUCCGCCAACUACCGUCUCCCUUCGCGGGACUAUGGAGACCUCGGGGGUCGCGACAGCGAAGACGGCGACAAGGUGCCCAAACUGAGAGGAUCGGUCAUGCUGCGCGCCCAGAUGCUGUUCAAAAGACGGUCGGACCGCGUGGAUAGCGAGUCCCGUGCGGCCUUCUUGAAAGCGUGUCAACGCCUGUGCCUCAGCAGGAUGGUUCCCCACCUUCCGAACUUCGGUUUGCUGUUCACAACGGAGGUUCACAUUACAGUCGACCCGGAGCGAGGCCUGUACAUUGGGGGCUGGGUGCCUGAGUCCGCUCUGCUUCCUCUGGAGAAGGGGCAUGCUCGCCCGACUGAGGCGCAGACUGACAGAGUGCGUCAUAUUGGAUCGACUCCGGCUGCUCCAGCGCGGGAAUGCCAGAGAGAAGAAGACGAGGGAUUUCACUCAGAUACGAGGGAGCGCCUUGACCGGCAAAAGGAAAGGCAAAUGUCCGAAUCACAGCUUCGAGCUCGACGUCUGCAUCAGAGGUUCGGCCUUGCUCUGCACGGCCCGGAGAAGAUGAUGAAGCGAAGGGGCGGCAAAACAGCAGCCUCCCGCAACACGAUUGUCGGGGAUUUCUUCUACGGGAGACCCAAGAUUCGGCGUCGAACUUACGACGGCGAGUCCAAGAGUCUCGUCGUGCGAAUUGUCGACAAGUCAAGCCGGAGAAAAGGGCGAGGAGGCGGGCGGGGACGCCUCGGUGAGCAGCUGGGCAUGCAGCCGUCGCCGCUCAUGAGCGCUCCCUCGUGGACUCCGAAUGACCCUCUCGCCCCGGAUGAGGACCCCAUGAAGGCCUUUUCGUGGAUCAACAGCGCGCCCGAGCUGCAGAUCGACGGAUGGCGGCGAGCGGAGGUCGUUGGGGUUCCCGAGGCCCUCAUCUUUAUCCACGGUUACAACACCAACCACGUGCAGUCCCUCCAGAUUAUGGCGCAAAUGCUUUCGUUCGGAAACUUUCCCAGCUACAUCAAGCCCUUCCUCUUCACGUGGCCAGCGGGGAGCAAGUUCACCGAGUUUUUUGAAGCCCGCGAGAAUGCGAACAACGCAAAAAUCCAGGAAUGUUUCCUCGAAUUCAUUACCUCUCUGCGAGAUAAUGGAAUCCGGCAGGUCCACAUCAUGGCGCACAGCCUGGGGUCGCGUCUUCUCAUGAACAGUCUACGGAAAUUUGCGGAUGACAUUUUUACCAGGUCCAUAGAUAUGGAAAGCAAUGACCAUAUCAUGGCAGCGCCGCAAGAUCGAAUGCACUUGGUCACCCUGAUCUUCCUGAACCCGGAAUUCUUUUUGGAUGACUUCGUCAUGAGCGAAUACUCCUUCCUGCGACAGUUUUGCAGCAAUAUAUCAAUAUUCUGCGACGCUCAUGACGGAGCGUUGUGGUGGUCAGAGCUGUUCAGUGGAAGGCAGGCGUUGGGGCGAAGCGUUUUCGGCCUUUACACUAGGCCUACGGAUGAUGGCACCGAUCAAGGCGUAAAUCCAAAGCUUCCGCCUGCAUACGCAGGAACUAUGGCGUGCUUCCAAGGAUAUGAGCCGGAGUACCUCAAGUCCGAUAGUAGAGAAUGGCUGGAUCUGGACGUCAUUGACAUGACAUGGCUUGGACACAAUGUCCAUUCGAUGAGGCAUUCGUACUGGCCCCUGAACAGAGAGAUAAUCGAAGACAUACGGGAGCUGGUUGUCACACGGAAGCGAGCGCGUCAAAGAACUUCUCGGCUGGACCGACGUGAAGGAAACGUGUGGGUAUACCGCGUCGCCCCAUCAUCCCUCACUUCCAUUUUUGACAGUGAUAUCUAA